AUGAGCGACAAUAUCAAGUUGACCCCGUUCGAGGCUUGGACUCUGAGGGCGUCGGACAGCCAGUUUCAUGCCACGGCCGGUAGUAUCGGGGGCAUUGCCUCUGGAAUAGUCACAUGCCCGUUGGACGUCAUCAAGACCAAACUCCAGGCGCAAGGCGGCUUCAUCCCCUUCAAGAAGCAAGGCGGCCAUGUUGGCCAUCCCAAAAUGUACAACGGCCUGGUGGGAACGGCGCGGACGAUAUGGCGAACCGAGGGAAUACGAGGCAUGUACAGGGGAUUGGGUCCUAUCGUCAUGGGUUACCUGCCAACCUGGGCUGUCUGGUUCACGGUGUAUAACAAGAGCAAGAAUUUCCUCAGUCAGCGCUACAAGCACGAAUUCCUCGUCAACAUGUGCUCCUCCGUCGUCGCCGGUGCUAGCAGCACAAUCGUCACGAAUCCCAUAUGGGUCAUCAAGACCCGGCUCAUGUCACAGGGCGUUUCCCACCAGAAAGGUGUGCAUUAUGACCUUUUCCCAAAAUCCUCCAGUACCCCAACAUCAAGGCCAACCCUCCAAGUGCCAUGGCACUACAGCUCGACCCUUGAUGCGGCGCGGAAGAUGUAUACGUCGGAGGGCAUUCUCUCCUUCUAUUCCGGCCUGACCCCUGCGCUUCUGGGUCUUACCCACGUCGCCGUCCAAUUCCCGACCUACGAGUUCCUCAAGACCAAGUUCACUGGUCAAGGCAUGGGAACGAUACAAACCGAUACCGGAGAGCACGCUUCUACACAGCUGUUGGGAGUGCUUUGCGCCACCAUCUUGAGCAAGAUCCUGGCUAGCAGCGCCACCUAUCCGCACGAGGUUAUUCGGACGAGGCUCCAGACCCAGCGACGCCCCGUGGCAGGAGAGGGCUUUGCACAAGGUUUCAAUAUGGAGCCGAACGGUCGCCAGGCACCCCCCGAACUCAAGUACAAGGGAGUUAUCAAGACGUUCCGGACGAUCCUGCGCGAAGAGGGAUGGCGUGCUUUCUACGCUGGCAUGGGGACCAACAUGAUGAGGGCAGUCCCCGCCGCAGUAGUGACGAUGUGCACCUACGAGACCUGCAUGGCCUUGUUCAAGGAGACGCGCAAGAGCGCCCAGGAGAAGGUAUUAAGCGGUGGCGGCGACGAAUUACAACUCACAUGA